UUGUUCUUCUUGACACGCAAAAUUCACCCCGCUCUGGUUUGCUUUAGCGAAUCUUAUUUUUUUCAGAAUGCAGCAAGGCUACAAUCCAAGGCCAUCGUAUGGCGCCCCACCACAGAAGAGGUUCAGGAACGCUAAUGGAGGGGCUAACAACAGGUUGUAGCAGUGCUCUGUGCAGAGGAAGUGGUAUGGACCCUUACCAGCCGCCCUUGGCUGGACAAAGACACUGGACACUGCUGGAGCAGCAGGGACUGAUCAGUGCUUUCUGGUCUCCUGAGUGUUUCUGUGGAGAUGCAGCCUGCUGCACUGCCCCUCAAUCAGGGCUUGAGUUACCCAUUGACUACGAGAUGCUGAAGAGUGUUGUGGGCAGCAGGAAUUCCAGAUAACCCUGUUACCAAAUGAAGGGCUGCAACUAAAGAGGGUAACAGGGCUGGGUGUUUUCUCUGGGCAAUCUCAUGCCCUUUAUCCCUGUCUUUCUUUUAAGGGGGCAGUCAGCCCCCAUAACACUUAUUUUCCUGCUGAGCUAUUAGCACUAGGGCUCACUGGCAGCUUGGUUCUAUGAUGCCUUUGUGACAGAUAUAUUCUGAUUGGAACACCUGACUAGAGUACUUGUACUUUCGUUUCAAGGUAAAGCGCAUGUGUACGGUGCAGAGUCAGUAACAGCUCAGAGUUCCCUCAUGUCACUGACCGGGUCAUGAAGGAGAGGCUGAAAGGACAUUUCUCCCUCUCUCUCCAUAGAGACAGGAGUGCAGUAGGGUUCUCCAAUGUGUUUUUCUGCUGUGGUCCACCUGAAGCUUUUUCUUAAACCAAACCAAUAUUUCUGUGCUGUGGUCGACCUGAAGCGUUUGCUUAAACCAAACCAAUGUUUCUAUUCAGAACCCAUUCUUAAGCUGCAACCCCUGUGGGGGGAUUGCAGGGGAUCCUGACCCACUGUUUGGGGAACAGUGCAGUGGGGUUUGCCCCUGUGCUGCUGCCUCCAGUCUCACUAAUGCCUGUCUGUCUCUCUCUCCUUCGGCCUGGUUAUCCCAACUGCCAGAGAAAGCAGCCUAACUUCUCUGCUGACAUAGUGUUCACCACCAAGGCGGGAAAUGUACAGACCAUCCCCUCCUUGACCAAACAGUUGAAGGCCAUCACUGGUGAGACUGUCAUUGGUCUUCAGUAUGUGUGGGAGUACCGGAGCCCUAGUAAGUCAGUCCCACCCCAUUACCAGUGUAAACUCUGCAAGAAGGUAAGCCGUCUGCAGACUGACAUGCUGGCUCACAUCAAGGGCUGGAAGCACUCCUUCAGAUACAUGAAGCAAAAUCAUUCUGCCAAGAUGCCCUUUAAGGAAGAUGCUGCCACAAAGGACCAUGAAGUGAGGAAGAAGGUGAAAGAAGCAGCAGCAGAGCUGGAGAAGGCAGAGGGCAGGGGACAGCUAAAGGUGAUUCUGAAGGAGCCCAGUGAGGUCCAAGCGUUUGCAGGACUACGUUCAGCAAUCCCCAACAUGGGGCCACCUGGAGGGAUGGGAGCUAGAGGACCAAAACCAGGUGGCAGGUUUGCAGAGCCUCUGUUCCCAGGGGAGUUCCCUCUCCAAGGCGGGGGCCUCAACUACCCCGUGGGUGGUAUGGGGGGCUACUCUGACCCCCUGCCUCGCUCCACGGCUUUCCAGAAAAGGGACAUGAGCUUCCGAGGCUACCCUGACAAUACGGGGGGGCAGAGGCUAGGGGGUUCAGCCGAUGGCUUUGGGCUGGGAGGGGGAAGGGAUGGAAGCUUUGGCCAGGAGGGGUUGUUGGGGGAGAGUCCGGGAAGCCGCUACCCUGAUGAGUUCAGAGGGGGACAGAUGGGAAGUGGAUCAGGCCAAGGGUUGAUGGGAGCUGUACCUGAAACCAGCAGCCUUCCGACCACGCUACUCAAAUACCUGGACAAUUUCCAGAUCGAGAACGAGGGUGAUGCUCAGAUCGUGCUGAAGGUGACACAGAAGCUGACAGAUGUCCUAAUGGACUACAGACUUAGGAGUGUUUCCUCGGGUCCUAGUAUGAAGAGCGGUUUGUCGCUGGGCUCCAUGAGCUACUCCGAUUCUCCCAGAAUGUCUAGCAGUAGUGACCGCUUCUCUGGGAACCUCUCUGGCCCUUCCAGAUACUGAUGGUCCAUCCAGGUACUACAACUAACUGAUCCAUCCCCACGUGACACAUCCACCUUCCUGGGGUAACCCAUCCUCCGCCUCACCCCCAAGAUAUACCCUGAGUCCAUGGGGUCUGCAGCUGUCUGUCUAGCCACUGAACAUUUUUAUUUUAUAUAAUUUUCCUUCAAAGCAGAAACUGAUACAAUUGUGUACUUAUUAGUGCAGACUUUGUUUUUACCUAACUUCUUUUGACAUGCAUAGGUUGGACUAAAGUUUGACUUUUAGUUUUAACCAUUGUCUGUAUUCAUGUGAUUUUGGCAUUUAUUUUACUGUGGUUUCUUGGACAGAUCUUGUCUGUUUAGAAAUUAAGUGUUUGAUAGAAAACAAGUGUAAUGUUUAGGGAAACAUAUGUUUGGCGGUAAAUGGGUUACUGAUGUACUGACUGCUGUUUUGAGUUGGGCUUGUCAUCGCUGUUUUUCUCCACACCUGGCUUCACUUGUGGGAUCGUCUGAGACCAGCCACCCUGACAGCUGAUGAAACUGAGUAUUUGUCUGUAUUAAAGCCCUUUUGUGGGCAAAAAAAUAAUUGAGUGGCUGGGCCUGAAUGGAAUCCCAGGAUGUAUGGUGCAUUUGGAAAGUAUUCAGACCCUGACUUUUUCCACAUUUUUCUUACGUUACAGCUGUAUUCUAAAAUGUAUUAAUCUACACACUACCCAGUAAGUAAAAACAGGUUUUUGGAAAUGUUUGUAAAUUAAACUGAAAUAUAUUUGCAUAAGUAUUCAGACCCUUUACUCAGUAGUUUGUUGACGCACCAUUGCCAGCAAUUACAGCCUCGAGUUGUCUUUGGUAUGUCAGAUUGGACAGGGAGCAUCACUGCAUAGCUAUUUUCAGGUCUCUCCAGAGACGUUUGCUUGGAUUCAAGUCCGGGCUCUGGCUGGGACACUCCAGGACAUUGAGACUGGUUCUGAAGCCACUCCUGGGUUGUCUUGGCUGUGUGCUUAGGGUUGUUGUCCUGUUGAAAUUGAACCUUUGCCCCAGUCUGAGGUCCUGAGCACUCUGGAGCAGGUUUUCAUCAAGGAUCUCUACUUUGCUCUGUUCAUCUUUCCCAUGGUCCUGAUAAGUCUCCCUGCCAUUGAAAAACAUCCCCACAGCAUGAUGCUGCCACCAUACUUCACUGUAGGGAUGGUACCAGAUGUGACGCUUGGCAUUCAGGCCAAAGAGUUAAACCUUGGUUUCAUCAGACCAGGUGCAUUUUAGUAAACUCCAAGUGGGCUGUCUUGUGCAGUGGCUUCCGUCUGGCCUCUACCAUAAAGGCCUGAUUGGUGGAGUGCUGCCGAGAUGGUUGACCGUCUGGAAGUUUCUCCACAGGGGAACUCUGGCGCUCUGUCAGUGACCAUCGAGUUCUUGGUCACCUCCCUGACCAAGGCCCUUCUCCCCCGACUGCUGCCAGCUCGAGGAAGUCUUGGUGGAUCCAGACUUCUUGCUCUGACAUGCACUGUCAACUGUGGGACAUUAUAUAGACUGGUAUGCCUUUCCAAAUCAUCUCCAAUUGAAUUUACCACAGGUGGACUCCAAACAAGUUGCAGAAACAUCAAGGAUGAUCAAUGGAAACAGGAUGCACCAGAGCUCAAUUUUGGUAUGCUUUCUUAUUUGUAAUUUGCAAACAUUUCUAAAAAACCUGUUUUCGCUUUGGCCAUAUCGGUUAUUGUGUGUAGAUUGAGGGGCAAAAUGUAUUUAAUCCAUUUUAGAGUACUUUCCAAAUGCACAGUAUGGAGGAUGUUGUUCCUUCGCUGUAAAACUGGGGAUUCCAUGAGUUGGAUUUUAUCUGAUCCAACAAAAUAGGGAACUGAAAAUAAACAAUCUCAGUGGUGUCAUCUAUGCUUCUCCAGCUGUGUGAGAAAUGUUGCUGGCUCUCAAGUUGACCUUAAAUCUACCAUAAACGGAGUGAAUUGACAUACUAUAAUAAUUGAAAACAGUUUAAGAGUUUAUCAAAAUCAGGUCACUUUGGUAACAGAAUCGGGUAACAUUUAAUUAGUGCCAAAAAUAAAAUAUUGGUUUCAUAAAGUAAUUUUUGGAAUGAAAAUUCCAAUAAAAGAAAUAAGGAAUGUAGGAAGAGAAAUGAAAUGCUGUCCUGUUGCCUGAUAUGUUGUUGCUGGUUUUCAAACAUUGUCACAAUGUUGCAGUCUGAAAUGCAUUUAAAUCAACAUGUAGGUGUAGAAUGAUUUGCCGCCAUUGGUGUUAUAGAAAUAUUAAAGGGUCUCUAUACCAUGGGA